GGUCUACCACUGCCCGUCUCUCCCGGGCACAGCAUAUUUUGUCUCAGCUACCACCACCUACUGCUACCUUCAUCAUCCUUGAUCGCCGUCGUCCGUACAUACGUGCCCUCCUCACAAUGGCAUCAAUCGACGAUUACCACAUUUCCGCCAACAUAUCUCCCAGCUCGGCCCGGUCACCUCGACAUGAGCGGUCCAAGUCAAAUGUUUUCAAGUCGUUCCUCCAUCGACGAAACAACUCGGACGGAUCUGCACUACCACCCGUCGAGCUGAUGGUCCCCCCCGAUCUUGGCCAUCGGUCCUCGAUGCAGCAAGCAAUCGAUUUCCGAAACUUCUCCCGACCUAGCGCCCUGGGCGAGAUCCAGCAGAACCAGAUGGGGAUUCCCUCCCGGUCUCCUCCCUGGCGGCACCACGGCUACCCGAGUGCCCCUUCGUCCCCCAUCAGGAACACGCUCAGCACCGUGCAGACAAUCUCAUCGACGCCCUCAAAAGAAGUCGAGAAGCUAGCCAAGUCAGGCAAGAACAGAGAGGAGGGCAAACCCAAGAAAACCAAGUCGGCCACGAACCUGGUAGGCUUUCUCAGCCGACCCAAGAGCUCCAAGGGCUUGAAUAAGCUUGCGAGCGAUGACGGAAUGCAUCCGAGAAAGGAUAAGGAGAACCAGAAGCCGCAGGACGCGGCCCGGCCUCCGAUUUACGCACAAUUCUCCAGCGGGGCGCUUGAGAAGCAGAACGAUUUAGACGCCGGCAAGAACGUCUACGCACACGGCUUUAGUAGCAACUUAUCAUCAAACAUGGUGUCGAGCAUCCGCGCCACCAAGCAACGACCCAAAUCUUACCACGCGUACUACACGCCCAAGGACGACCACAAAGGAGCGGCCGAGACGAACUCGAGCGCGAACAGCACUAGAGGCUCGCCGUCUAAGAUACGCCGUGGCCUCGGCAUGUUCGGCGGCAGCGCUGGGUCGGAGGGGAGAACCCCUUCCGCUGAGUCCGCCGAGCCGGUGCUCGACCCGAAGGAUAUCGAUAAGCACCUCGAAGCGAUGCUCGACCGGCGAAACAUCCCCGAACACCAGAGGUACAAGAUGCGCAGUCUGGCGGAUUCUAUCAAGAUGGAGUUCAUCCGACAGGACUGGGCAGAGACCCGAGGCCCCAACAACGUUAGACCCGGUAGCCACGGCAGCGAUUCCAGCAUAAGCGCCGCCCAGGCAGUUGAGCAAGGCAAGGCCAAGAAAUCUCGGGGCCGGAGCUUCACACUAUCGAGGAGCAGAAAGAAGUCGGACGCAAGCUCCCCAACGAAGAAAACGAAGGGCGAAGGCUCCAUAGGACGCCAUUUCCGGAGCCGAUCCACCGACAGCGUCGCUAGCGAACGCCCCCCUUCUGCCGGAUCAAGUUCGGGGACCAGCAUCUUGUCGAAAAUGAAGCUGCACCAGGGGCCUCUCGAUUUCGUGACCUAUCUGCGCAAGGUCCAGAAGCCGGAAUUGGUAGAGGUUGGUAAGCUCCAUAAGCUGCGCUUGCUUCUGCGGAACGAGACGGUAGCUUGGACAGAGGAAUUCAUCCGGCAGGGGGGGAUGGAAGAGAUCGUAGGGCUACUGCAUCGCAUCAUGGAGGUGGAAUGGAGAGAGGAGCAUGAAGAUGCCCUUUUACAUGAGAAUCUCCUCUGCCUCAAGGCCCUCUGCACCACGGCCCUCGCGCUGCAGUACCUCCACUCGAUCCAGGCGACCCUCUUCCCAGCUCUUCUACGCAUGCUCUUCGACCCGGAGAAGAAAGGCCCCAGCGAAUUCACGACCCGCAACAUCAUCACCUCGGUAUUGUUCACCUACAUACAGUCAGCCCCAGCUGCCGACCGCCCCGUUCGCGCCAAGACCGUGCUCGGCCACCUACGUGACCCCGAACCGAAGGAGGACCAGCGGCCUCUGGGCUUCGUGCUCGAGAUGCGUCGGGACCGCCCCUACCGCGUGUGGUGCAAGGAGGCCGUGAGCGUCACCAAGGAGGUGUUCUGGAUCUUCCUGCACCACCUCAACGUCGUCUACCUGCCCCGGGAGAAGGAGACGCGGGAGGGUGCCGGCCCGUCCGGGAUCGACAGCGCCGCCUACAUGCAGGCGCACUUCCCCCAGGAGCGCCCGCCGGUCCCCGCCGCCCCAUACGUCGGCGGCGUGGAGUGGGACGCCACCAAUUACUUGGCCUCGCACCUCGACCUCCUCAACGCCAUACUCGCCUGCACGCCGACGGCGGGCGAGCGGAACGCCCUCCGGGAGCAGUUCCAGAUCUCGGGGUGGGAGCGCUGCCUCGGCGGCAGCCUGCGCCUCUGCAAGGAGAAGUUCUACCCCGGCGUCCACGACGCCCUACGGACCUGGGUCGCCGCCGCGGCCGAGGACGGGUGGGACGUGAAGGGCGUGCGGUACGGCCCGCCCGCCGAACCCAAGCCCCCGAGGAAGCAGGCGGGAGGCGGCGGCGGCGGCGGCGGCGGCGGCGCCAAAGCCAAGCCGAAGGAGGAGCCGGCGCCCAAGAUCGAGAUACCCAAGCUCAGCUUCGGACUAGCCGCCGCCCAUGGCCCGGCUUCUCCGGCGGCGAGGACGAGCGGCAACUGGCUCUCGUAGAGACGAGCUUCCCCCUUUCCUGUCCC